CUUGAGUUCUAACAUGGGUACUCCUUGCGAUAUAUCUUUAGAUCAAGCUGUAAAGGCUUUAGACAAAAUAAAGAAAGAUUAUGAGAUGGAUAAUGGACACCUUGCAAUUAUAACAAGCGAUCGCUAUGAAGAAACUUUUGAAAUCAUGGCAAAUCAAUUCACUCCUGACGAACCUUUAUGCCGGUCAUUUGGAGUCAAAUGGAAUGACGACUUUAGGAAAACUACAUACGAAAAUCUCAUUCAAAACGUUUCAAUAUGCAUGAUCGCUAAAGACACAAACGAGUUAAUGGGAAUAAGAAUAAUUGGUAUCAUGAGAAAAUCGGAUCCACCUGCUGAUUUCUCAGGUUUGGAGUAUGAGCCUUUGAAAGGACUUUUUACCUUUCUUACCCACAAAGACUCUGAAGUAAACUUCUUUGAAAAAUACGACUGCGAUGAAGCAAUCCAUUUCUUUGCAUUAGGUGUCAACAAAAAUUACCGACGAAUGGGAUUAGGAGGGCGCCUCCUUGCGGCCGCAGUUGCUAUGAGCAGGGAACUUGGAUUUAAAGCUAUCAAAGGUGAAGGAACCUCAAACUUCUCCCAGAGGAUAUACGAAAAGCAAAACUUUCAAACUUUGCUAACAAUGCCAUAUGAUUCAUAUAUCUAUAAAGGACAACCGAUAAUAAACGGGACAGGGGAGCACACCAUGACUAAGAUAUAUGGCUUAAAACUGUAGAUUUAUCAUUGCUUGAAUGGUUCCUGUCGUAUUUUGUAAAUGCUCGUUCUGGUAAACAUUGCAAAAACGUGCGCAUACUAGUUUGUGAAGAACUUUUGAAUUUAAGAUUAUUUAUAUGAAUAUGUGCUUAUCUACAUCAGAUAUGAUUGAAGCAUCUGUGGUGAAGAUGGACAAGAAGAUGUUAUACAUGGUGUAAUGUAUAUAUACAACUCGUGAAAGGUUCACAUUUAACUUCUCAAAGAGUACCUCAAACUGCUUUUUGCCAUAUUUGUAAUAAAGAAAAUACCCCCGUUUAUCGUUACGAUAAAAAUGCUGCUGAAAAAAAAACUCAUUUUGAUUCACUUAAUUGCUAAAUUGUCGCAGUGUAAAACUUAGUUUGUCUUCUUGUUUAUGAAAGUAAUUAUCAUAUGGCCAGCUGUAUGCUUCAUUUACAUUUAUUUCAACAUUUUCUACUCAUUUAUAUUCAUUAUCUAGAAGCCCAUUGUAAUGUGUCAACUCUGAAUGUAAACCGUAUUAUUCGUUUUUGUUUUGAUAUUAUUUUUCACUUUCCAGCAAAAAAGUCUGUUUUAAUCAAUCGAAAGCCGUAUAAUAGCUUGGUUUUAUCAAAUAGUCAUACUUAGUGAUUCACUUUUAACGAUACGGAAGCUCACUAUCAUAGUUAAUGCAGUCAUGUAGCUCUUUCGAAAAGAAACAAAAAAUACUAAUAAUACAUAUAGGUAACAGAUUUGUUACACUUUUAUA